AUGGAGCCAGAGAAUGACACAGGGAUUUCAGAAUUUGUUCUUCUGGGACUUUCAGAGGAACCAGAAUUGCAGCCCUUCCUCUUUGGGCUGUUCCUGUCCGUGUACCUGGUCACUGUGCUCGGGAACCUGCUGAUCAUCCUGGCCACAAUCUCAGACUCCCACCUCCACACCCCCAUGUACUUCUUCCUCUCCAACCUGUCCUUUGCAGACAUCUGUUUCAUCUCCACUACAGUCCCAAAGAUGCUCAUUAACAUCCAGACACAGAGCAGAGUCAUCACCUAUGCAGGCUGCAUCACCCAGAUGUGCUUUUUUGUACUUUUUGGAGGGUUAGACAGCUUACUCCUGGCUGCGAUGGCCUAUGACCAGUUUGUGGCCAUCUGUCAUCCUCUGCACUACACGGUCAUCAUGAACCCUCGGCUCUGUGGACUCCUGGUUCUGGCAUCCUGGAUGAUUGCUGCCCUGAAUUCCUUGUCACAAAGCUUAAUGGUGCUGUGGUUGUCCUUCUGCACAGACUUGGAAAUCCCUCACUUUUUCUGUGAACUUAAUGAGGUCAUCCACCUUGCCUGUUCUGACACCUUUCUUAAUGACAUGGGGAUGUAUUUUGCAGCAGGGCUGCUGGCUGGUGGUCCCCUUGCGAGGAUCCUUUACUCUUACUCUAAGAUAGUUUCCUCUAUACAUGCAAUCUCAUCAGCUCAGGGGAAGUACAAGGCAUUUUCCACCUGUGCAUCGCACCUCUCAGUUGUCUCUUUAUUUUGUUGUACGGGCCUAGGUGUGUACCUUACUUCUGCUGCAACCCACAACUCACACACAAGUGCAACAGCCUCGGUGAUGUACACUGUGGCCACCCCCAUGCUGAACCCCUUUAUCUACAGUCUGAGGAAUAAAGACAUAAAGAGGGCUCUGAAAAUGUCCUUCAGAGGAAAGCAAUAA